AUAAUAUAAAUGGUAGAGGGUGGAGUGACGAACAACAGAUUAAAGCCAACAUUCCAAUUGACAAUACGAAAAACUAUUAACAAAAAUAACACACAUCAAAUUCAAAACAAAAUGCGUACCUUCAUUGUUCUCUGUUUCGUGGCUGUAGCCUCUGCUAAUACAUUAGGUUACAACUACCAACCUUCUGCCGGUUUGUUCACUCCUAGUGGGUCUUAUGGUUCAUCAUCGAAUAGUGUUCCUUCCUACGCUCCUCAAGGAUACAACGCUGAAGCUUCCCAUGCUUCACCAUCGUACGCUCCUCAAGCAGAACUUGAAAAGGAAUUUUACACAUUCAGUGCUAAUGAUGAUGAUUUCAAUGAUCCUGCUGCAUCCAACCAACUUUCUAAUGCCGUCAAACAAGGUCUACGUGUUAUUUUCAUUAAGGGUCCAGAAAACCGUGGCUUGGAAAACGCUGCCCUUUCUUUAGCCAAACAAGCUUCUGGCCAAAAGACUGCCAUCUAUGUCCUCAACAAACAAGCUGAUAUCGGAAAUUUGGCCAACAAACUUAAUUCUGCCAACAAGAACAACAACAAUAAACCUGAAGUUCAUUUUGUCAAAUACCGUACUCCUGAGGAUGCUGCCAAUGCCCAAAAAGCCAUCCAAAGCCAAUACGAUUCUUUGGGUGGUCCUUCUCAUUCUCAUAAUGGUGGCGUUGCUCCUGUCUUGAACUUUGCUUCAAAGGCUCCAGUAUCAGCACCUGUACAUGCCGCAUCAGCCCCUAGUGGUUCAUAUUUGCCAGCUUCGAUUUUCCGCUCAUAAAGAGUUUAAGCUUUAUAUGAAGUAGAAUUAAGUGUUGUUAUUGUUGUUUAUUAUUUAAACAACAACAAC